CCCCUCCCUUGUUGGUUUUCAGGGACGUCAUUCUGCGUUUGUCGACCCGCCCUAUAGGCUAUCUGAAGUAUGAAGCGGUGAAUUGUGAAUGGUUCACAGUUCGGCUGUAAGCACAACGGAUUUCGCUUACAGUAGGACCGCAAGUGUUUUCAUGGCUAUAUUCAAACGCCGAGCAAACAGUGUGUUCACGUCUGCCGGGUAGCGAUGCUUAAACCCUGCAUACUGUCUCCCAACACUUCUGCUGCCAUUCAGCUGGAAGAGCCGAAAAGGUGGCUGAUGUGACAUUACUUCUAUGCUGUGCUCAGUUUAUUGUUCUGGUCCCAGACAGACGCGGAUGAGAAAUUGUGUAAGAAGAUGUUGAGUCGACUGAUGAGCGGCAGCAUCCGGAAUCUAGAAAGAGAAUACAACUGUACCGUCAGGCUUCUGGAUGAUACCGAAUACACCUGCACGAUUCAGAGAGACGCGAAGGGCCAGUUUCUGUUCGACCUGAUCUGCCACCACCUGAACCUGCUGGAGAAGGAUUACUUUGGCAUCAGAUAUGUGGACCCCGACAAGCAGAGGCACUGGCUAGAGUUCACAAAAUCAAUUGCCAAGCAAAUGAAAUCUCAGCCACCUUUCACCAUGUGUCUGAGGGUCAAGUUCUACCCACCGGACCCUGCAGCGCUUAAAGAGGAAAUCACCAGAUAUCUAGUCUUCCUGCAGAUCAAGAGAGACCUGUACCACGGCCGGCUCCUGUGCAAGACGUCGGACGCCGCCAUGUUGGCCGCCUUCAUCCUGCAAGCGGAGAUCGGCGACUACGACCCCGGGAAGCACCCCGAGGGUUACAGCUCCAAGUUCCAGUUCUUCCCCAAGCACUCGGAAAAGCUGGAGCGGAGGAUCGCUGAAAUACACAAGACCGAGCUGAUAGGACAGACUCCCGAAACGUCCGAGUUGAAUUUCCUGCAAAAAGCACAGAUGCUGGAGACGUAUGGAGUGGAUCCUCACCCAUGCAAGGACGUGUCUGGGAACCCGGCUUUCCUGGCCUUCACACCGUUCGGCUUCGUCGUGCUGCAGGGGAACAAGAGGGUCCACUUCCUUAAAUGGACUGAGGUGACCAAACUCAAGUUUGAAGGAAAGACAUUUCAUAUAUAUGCAAAUCAGAAAGAGGACAGAAAGAUCAUCCUGACGUACUUCGCUCCGACGCCAGAGGCCUGCAAGCACCUGUGGAAGUGUGGCGUAGAGAACCAGGCUUUCUACAAGCUGGAGAAGUCCAGUCAGGUGCGGACGGUGUCCAGCAGUAACCUCUUCUUUAAGGGGAGUCGGUUCCGAUACAGUGGCCGAGUCGCGAAAGAAGUGAUGGAGCAGAGCGCGAAAAUCAAGAGGGACCCCCCCGAAAUACACAGGGCCGGCCUGGUGCCCAGCAGGAGCUGCCCCUCCAUCACCCACGGCCCCCGCCUGACCAGCGUCCCCCGCACCCGCCGGAGAGCCGUGCACAUAUCCAUCAUGGAGGGUCUGGAGUCCUUGCGGGACAGCGCCCACUCCACGCCGGUGCGCUCCGUCUCCCACGGCGACUCCUUCCUGCCGCGCUCGCGCAGCGCGAUGCCGGACGGCGCCGAGGGGCCCUCCGUGAUCUCGGACGAGGCCUACAGCCCGUCGGACAGCGUGCUGCCCACCCCCGUGGCCGAGCACGGCGGCCUGGAGCUGGCCCUGGCGCGCCAGAACAACGGCGCCCCCUGCAGCAUCGAGGAGGAGUUGGAGGCGGGGACCCCCGCCGGGGGCGGCGGCGAGCCGGGGGCUGACGGCAGGGGGGGGGCCGGCGCCCGCUCCGAAGCGGAACAGGUGAAUAAGUUUGUUUUAAGCGUGCUCCGUCUGCUCCUUGUGACCGUGGGACUCCUCUUUGUGUUGCUCCUCCUCCUGAUCGUUCUGACCGAGUCCGACAUUGACGUGGCGUUUCUACGCGAUAUCCGCCAGACGCCCGAGUUCGAGCAGUUCCAUUACGAAUACUUUUGUCCCCUCAGGCGAUGGUUUGCCUGCAAGUUCAGCUGGCUGGGCGGGACAACCGUUAACCAGUGAAACUGAGGGAGAGGGGCCCCACACUGGGGCUGUGCCCUGGGCCCCGUCCUCCUCCCCCCCUCCCCCUCCUUCCCCAA